UUGCAAUUGCAACGUCCCUCCCCUCCCCUCGUCUCGUCUCCUUCCUCCCUCCUCCUGCCACAACCCGACGGCGCCGGCCGGCCCCCGCGCCACCGCCUAUAUACCCGUCGCUUUCCUCCACCCCACCCGUCCUCCCGACCGAGCCACCAGCCUCCGCCAAAAAAAAAAGAUCUUCCCAUCCCAGCUCCUCCUCCCUUCCCCUCUCCACAUCCCUCCCCGCUGGGGAGAUCCGGCCGUCCCCUAUCCCCGAAUUCGCGCGGUCUCCGACCCGGCGGCACGCGGAAUUCUCCGGGCGCGCAUUUCGUCCGCCGCCUCGCCGGGGAUUCGGGCCUUCUGAAAGAGAGGGGGAGGCCAGCGGCCGGCGGGGGGGAUGGCGAUUGCGGUGUCGGACGAGCUGCUCGGCACCUUCGUGCCGAUCGCCGUCUACUGGCUCUACUCGGGCCUCUACGUCGCGCUCGACGGAGUCGACCGCCUCCGCUCCUACCGCCUGCACCCCAAGGCGGAGGAGGCCGCCAAGAACGUCGUCUCCAGGGCCGCCGUCGUCAGGGGCGUCCUCGUGCAGCAGGCCUUCCAGGUCGUCGUCGCGCUCACGCUCUUCGCGGUUAUUGGUGAUGACAGUGGUAUUGCACAGAAGCAACCUUCUGCUGUGGUGAUAGCACUUCAAUUUGUCAUCGCGAUGUUUGUUAUGGACACAUGGCAGUACUUCAUGCACAGAUACAUGCACGUCAACAAGUUCCUAUAUAAGCACAUCCAUUCCAAGCACCACACUCUUGUAGUCCCUUAUUCCUUUGGAGCUCUUUACAACCAUCCUCUCGAGGGACUAAUCCUGGACACCAUUGGUGGUGCUCUCUCGUUCCUCGCCUCUGGUAUGACUCCACGAACAUCGAUAUUCUUUUUCUCGUUUGCGACCAUCAAGACGGUGGAUGAUCACUGCGGGCUGUGGCUUCCUGGUAAUAUCCUCCAUGCUUUGUUCAGCAACAACAGCGCUUAUCAUGACAUCCACCACCAGCUCUACGGCAACAAAUACAACUUUUCGCAACCUUUCUUUGUCCUUUGGGACAAGAUACUAGGGACAUACAUGCCCUACUCUCUCGAGCAGCGAAAAGGAGGAGGGCUAGAGUCGAGGCCAGUUAAAUUAGUAGAGCAAACCAAGACUGAUUAAUACAUGCAUAGUCUCUGAUCCUUGUUCCAUUUAGGUCCUAUACUCACCGCUUUGUCGCUCCCCCAGAUUUUCUAACUACGCAAAUGCUGUAGAAUUCGUGUCCUGGUCCGUAUAGUGAGGGUUUUUCUUGUUUUCUACACUUUCUUUUUGAUUUGGUUUGGGAGUUCCGUCUUGUAUCAAGGUAUACCGGGUAAAGUAUUGUAUUGUAUCAAAGAAUACUCAGCAUCCACUUGGAUUUGUCUCCUCUGGAUUGGUCUGUACUUCCAUCCAUGGCGAUGUUGACAAAGAAGGAUGAUAUUUACACUGUA